CCAUGGGGUGUGUUGUGUCCAAGAAAAACGAAGGAGACGACGUCGUUUGGCUCUGCAAGGAGAGGAAGAGGCAGCUGAAGCUGGCUGUGGAGAGAAGGUAUGCUUUUGCAGAAGCACAAUGCAAGUAUAAUCAGUCACUCUACUCAGUUGCAGCUGCAAUAAGGUUGUUUGUAGCAAGACAUGCAUCACCAUUUUCACCUUUUCUAAUCACAUUUCCUUCUGUGAACCUUGAAAAUGCUGAGCCCAUUGUCCAAAACAACCCCAUGUUGCUUCAGCAGAGGCCUUCUGAGCCAACAACCCACAAGAGCAUUGCUGCAGGGUCAGUUUGUGAUGAGUCUGUGAAAUUACAAGAAGACCCAGAUGGGAAAAGUGAGAGUGAGGAAGGGGAAGUGGUGUGUGAGCAUUUUUAUGAUGGGGUGGAGGAGGCACCAAUGGGGUCACCAGAGAGGGGUUUUGGGUGGGAUUUCUUUAAUCCUUUUUAUGAUGGUGUGAGGGCAGAUGUGGUAAAUGGGUUUGGGCAGAGUUUUGAUGAGGAUUUGAGGGCUGUUAGAGAGAAGGAAGGGAUUCCUGAGUUGGAGGAAGUGGGAGAAGGAGUAGUGAGUGAGGAAAAGGUGAGGGAUUUGAGUAAUUGUGAUGUGGAUCAUGAGGAGGAGAGUGGGAUUGAGGCUGUGGGUGAUGUGAAUGGGAACUUAGAAGGGGAGAGGAGUCUGAGGGUGAUUGAUACACCCAAAGAGGGGAGGGAGUUGUUGGAGGCUUUGAGAGAUGUUGAGGACCAUUUCAUGAAGGCUUAUGAUUCUGGUUUGGAUGUUUCAAGGAUGCUUGAGACUAACAUGGUUCAGAUGCAAUCUGCAUUGGAGGAGAUCAAAGAGAACUCGACUAAGCUCAUCCGUUCAAUCACACGGAGUCGCUCCACUGCGUCCACAUUGUCUUGGUCAUCCUCUGGCAAAAGUUUGCUUACAUCUAGUUCUAAGAGUUCUUCAGCUUGGACUCAGUUCAGCAAUGAUCUAUUUGAUGACUAUGGAGCAAUGGGAUCCGGAAACCAUUCUUUGACAUUAGGAAGGUUAUAUGCUUGGGAGAAGAAGCUCUUUCAGGAGGUGAAGGCUGGAGAGGAAACCAGGAGACUUUAUGAGCGAAAAUGCUCCCAAUUGAGAAAUCACGAUGUUGGAGAUGGCAUCAACAGUAGGGACAAGGUUGGAGUUGAAGUAAAAGACUUGUAUGCCAGAAUUUUGGUUGCCAUAAGAAGCGCUGAAUCAAUAUCGCAAAGAAUUGAAAAACUGAGAGAUGAUGAGCUGCAGCCACAACUUAUCGAGCUGCUGAAGGGCUUAAUGAGAAAUUGGCAGAUGAUGUCAGAGUUGCAUGAAACUCAAAACAAAAUUAUGUCUGAAGUAAAAUCACUCAAUUGCCCCACCAUUGGAAUGUUUUGCAAUGACUCACACCAGCUUGCUACUUUCGGGCUUGAAGCCGAACUUCAAAACUGGUGUGCUUGUUUUGCAUUAUACUUUUGUUCCCAGAAGGCGUACAUUGAAGCUCUGCAUGGUUGGCUAUUAAAGUUUGUUUCCCCUGAAACUGAAUUCUACUUGAAGGGCAUGUCUCCACUUCCAUCGUGUACGCUCAAUGGGCCACCAUUACUUGCAAUCUGUCAUAACUGGUUAGCUUUUAUGGAUAAACUGCCAGAUAGGGCAGUGACUAGUGCCAUGAAAAGCUUUGGGAAAGAUAUCAAAUCCCUGUUGGUUCAACAAGGGGAGGAGCACCAACAAAAAAGGAAGGUUGAUGGACUGGCCCGAGAACUUGAUAAGAAAGUUUUGGCAUUUGAGAGGACAGAGAGAAGGCUUCUUGGGUUUAAGUUUUCUGAGAAAGAAACAGAACUACAUGUGCCAAAUCGAAUUGAGUAUUUGACUGGGAUGAAGGAUCAGCUGGAUAUGUUUAAGAAGAAGCUAGACAGUGAGAAGGCAAAACAUCAAACUAGCAUGCAGGAGACACAACACAUUGCAGUGAAAGGAUUUCAGACGGGGUUUAGUUCAGUAUUUGAAUCCUUAGCCGAGUUUUCGAAGACUGCUACGAGAUUGUAUGCUGACAUUAUAACUUUCAGCGAAAAUGCAAAGGCGGUAGAUGAAAAAAGUAGCAAGCCUUCCUGAAGUGGCAGCAUUCAUGUAGUGUUAGGCUAGCUGUUGAAGAAGUAGUUCGUAUGAUAGUUUGUGUCAAACCUGCUCUCCUUUAUUUGAUUAUGCAUUGCAGGCUCUUGCUAUGUAAAGGUUAUGUAUAAUUAUCUGUUAGUUUUUAAGAAUAUGUAGCUGCUUCUUAAGAAUUUAGCUUAUAUCACAUUAGUAAUACACA